AUGAGCUACUACGCCCACACCACAGGCGAGGAGCUCGAAGACGAGCUAGCGCGCUAUCUCGACACGAGCCAAGACGCCUAUCUCGAUAGCAUACAUGACGCCAUGGCGCAGCCCCGCCAGAGAAGCCACCAGUCGCUCGACAGCGCCAGCGUGGAGUCGUCUGCCGGAGCUGCCGCGCGCAAUCUCUCCUCAUCUUCUUCAUCUCCCGUCAACCAAUCUCAGCCAACUGGGCUAGCUCCCGAUAACGCUCGCAGCUACUACGCCACGCAGCACCCAGCCGCAUCCACCCCACUCACCCCCGUCACAGCCUUGCAUCCCGUCUACGCUUCCGUUUUCCCCUUUACCCACUUCAACAGAGUCCAGUCGCAGUGUUUCGACGUAGCAGCACACUCACUCUCUAAUCUCGUCGUCGCUGCUCCGACCGGCUGCGGGAAGACGGGCGUGCUUGAGCUGGCUAUCGUGCAGAUGCUCGAGCAGAAGCGGUGCGAGGAGCCCGAGUCUGCCGCGCGCAACAGAAAGGCUAUCUACCUCGCUCCUACGCGUGCGUUGUGCUCCGAGAAGGCUCGCGAUUGGCAAGCUAAAUUCUCCACAUUGAAGGUGUCUGUGAAGGAAAUCACGGGCGAUAUGCCCUUCGAUGGUCAUGGAAAUAUCCUCGACUUGAUUCAUGCCGAUGUAGUCGUUACUACGCCGGAGAAGUGGGAUUCGCUCACGCGACGCUGGAACGAGAACCCAAAGCUGUUUGGCCAGAUCAGAUUGGUGCUGAUCGAUGAGGUUCAUCUGUUGCAUGUUUCGCGUGGUAGCACACUCGAGGUGCUUGUGUCGCGUAUGCGCAUGCUCGGUGACAAUCAUAACAUCAGAUACAUCGCAAUCAGCGCUACGGCGCCCAACGCAAUCGACAUAGCUGCAUGGCUCGCCAAUAGCAACACCUCCAUCGCUACUUUGAAGGAAUUUGACGAAUCAUUCCGCCCUGUUCAGAUCGCUCGCCAUAUAUACCCCUUCAAGCGCACCAAUAACAAUGACUUUGCAUUCGACUCACUGCUAAAUUACAAACUUUUCGACAAGCUCGCUGUACACAUGGAGGGUAAACCCGCGCUUAUCUUCUGUCCGACGCGCAAAUCUGUUGCGAAAGCCGCAGAGACACUCGUCGACCAUUUCACCACUGUGCAGAGCAGAGGUGGUGCGACGCCGUGGGAGGUACCCGCGCUUAAACCCAACUUCAAGAACAGCAUUUUGCAGAGACUAGCCAGGUACGGGGUGGCUUUACACCACGCAGGAAUAGAUGCAGAUGAUCGUCGCCUCGUUGAGCAACUUUUCCUAAAGGGCGUGAUCAGAGUAGUGGUAUCCACCACUACUCUCGCCCAAGGCGUUAAUUUACCCUGUAGGACUAUCGUUAUUAAGGGCACGCGCUUUUUUAGUAAUGGCGACUGGACCGAGCUGUCUGAAAUGGACGUGUUGCAGAUGAUCGGUCGCGCUGGUAGACCACAGCACGAUACCAGUGGCACGGCUAUAAUUAUGACAGAUCACGCUCAUUACGCUCAUUAUAGGAGCCUCGUUAAUGGCGACUCCCCUCUCGAAUCUUCUCUUCAUCGAAAUCUCUGCGAACAUCUCAACGCCGAGAUAAAUCUAAGCACUAUUUCAACCAAGCUCGGCGCCUUGGAGUGGUUGAGGAAGAGUUUCCUCUAUGUGCGCAUCCAGAAGAACCCAGUGCAUUAUCGUGAUAUUCUCGACCAGGCGAGUGAUCGACUCGGGGGGUGGGAGAAGCGACUUGAAGAGAUAGUGGAGAACGCUGUGAGUGAGCUGUGUCAGUAUAGGCUGGUGGAGAGUGACAGUAGCGGUGAAUUGAGGAGCACUGGUCUCGGCAAUAUCAUGUCCAAGGAAAUCAUACGCUUUGCUACAUUCAAACAAAUCUUGGAAAUUCUCCCUCAUGCCUCGGUGCACAGUUUGCUGCAGACACUGUGCGCAGCGGAUGAACUGAAGGACAUCACUAUGCGCGCUGGCGAAAAAAAACCACUCGGUGAUAUCAGAGCACUGCAGGACAUAAGGUUCCCUCCUGCUAAAAUGACUCUGGCUGUAGAUAAGAUAUCUGUGCUGCUUCAGGCCUCGCUCGCUGGUGUUAAUCUGCACGAAUUCCGCAGUGACGACUUUCAGCCUUUCCACGACAGUAUCACCAUUUUCAAGCAGGCGUUCAGAGUAGCUAGAGCAAUAAUCGGUGUCGGCAUCGAAAAGAAAGACAGCGGCAUCAUCCGCAAUGCUGGUUUCUUGUUCAGAUCGAUAGCAUCCAAGGCGUGGGAGGAUCGGUCUUUAACUCUGCGCCAGAUUGACCAAGUUGGAAUGAAGUCGAUCAAGAUAUUCACGUGCAAGGGUAUAAAUUCGAUAGAAAAGCUUAGCAAGCAGGACCCAGGAUACGUGGAACUGUUGCUCAAUCGUCACCCGCCAUUCGGGAACAACAUCGUAGCUGCCGCUAAAUCAUUCCCAAAGUUCACCAUAGGCGUCGACGAGCAAUAUCUGCUUCUCCACCAAGGCGCAAAGCCUGUGCAGGCGGUGCUCAAGCUGUCGAUUGGCGUGGCCAACGCUGGAAAGAACAUGAGAGUUAAAACUCGAUCAAAUAGCUCUCUGCAUGCAUCGAUCGUUGUGUGGAAUUCGAAUGACGAUUUGGUCGAAUUCAAGCGUAUAGAGGUGAAGGCAUUGAUGGAGGGGCCUCGUACUAUCGAUAUUAAACCGCUGUUCGCUAGUGUCGACACCAAGAUGUCUAUCCAGGUUUCUUGUGAUGAGUGCGCAGGUCUGCAGGAAGUAUUCGAAUAUAGACCUCAGGCUGAACCAGAGGAGUUUCCGCAGACGGCUGUGGAUGACACCUUGCGUUGUGUUGAUCUAGGUGCAGGUCUUGAAAUAGAUUCGAGCGACGAUGAUCUGAUCGAUCUGACUGACGCUGCAGCUAUGGAGCGUAUGAUGGAUACGCAUGUGGGUGGUGGUAAAGAGAAGAGCUUUGCAGCUAAAGACGCGCCUGCUCCUCGCAAGUAUGGCAGCAAACGGUCGUAUGAGCACAGCGAGCAUAACAAUAUUGCAGAAAUACAGGAGAAUCAUAUAAAGAAAAGCAGAAAUAACGCAUCCCGCAACAACCACAUAAAUAACCAUCUUAUAAUGUCAUUCAGCGACGAAGAAGACCAGCUGGCAUAG